AUGAAAGAACCCAAACAGACACAAACACCCAUUACAGAUUUAGCUGAAUUACGAAGUUAUUUCGCUUCACAUAAUGUAGUUCGAGAGUAUAUAGCACAUUCAUCAAAAGUACAUUCUGUUGGUUGGUCCUGUGAUGGAAGACGGCUUGCUUCUGGCUCGUUUGAUAAGAAUGUUGUAAUUUUUAACUUAGAAAGAAGCAGAUUAGUUCAAGAUUCUGUUUUCCGUGGACACACUGGCUCUGUAGAUCAGUUAUGUUGGCACGCGUCUCAUGCUGACCUCCUCAGCACGGCCAGUGGUGAUAAAUCAGUGAGAAUUUGGGAUACCAGGUCACACAAAUGUGCUGCCAGUAUAUCAACAAAAGGGGAGAACAUAAACAUAGCAUGGUCACCCAAUGGCAGUACUAUUGCUGUCGGCAAUAAAGAGGAUUUGGUGUCAUUUAUAGAUACACGCACCUAUAAAGUUGUAACAGAAGAGCAAUUCAAUUUUGAAGUCAAUGAAAUAUCUUGGAACAAUGAAUCAGAUCUAUUCUACUUGACAAAUGGGCUGGGCUGUGUGCACAUUUUAACGUAUCCAGGUAUGCAGCUGCAGACAGUACUGAAAGCACACCCGGGCACUUGCAUCUGCAUUGAACACGACCCCACUGGGCGUUACUUCGCAACUGGCUCAGCGGAUGCCCUCGUCUCUUUGUGGGAUGUUCAGGAACUGGCAUGUCUCCGAGUCUUCUCGAGGCUGGAGUGGCCUGUUCGUACCCUGUCGUUCAGCUUCGACGGUCGUCUACUGGCGUCGGCCAGCGAAGACCACAUCAUCGACAUCGGGGACACCGAGACCGGCGAGAAGGUGGCCGAGGUGGCGGUGCUGGCCGCCACGUUCACGGUGGCGUGGCACCCCUCGCGCUACCUGCUGGCCUUCGCCUGCGAGGACAAGGAGCCGCCCGAGAGGAAGCGCGACGCCGGCAACCUCAAGCUGUGGGGGCUGCCCGCGCCC